AUGCCUCACCUCCCAUGGCAUCUUCACCCAAUCCAAUCCUCGUCGUCCGCCUCGACCAAACUCCACCCCUCCGUACGCAUCUCCACCUCGACCAGAUCAGCCAUCCUCCUCAGCACCUCGAGCAUCUCGCGCGUGCAAAACACCCGCGCCCGCCCCUCGUCACUCAUCCGCACCAGCCUCUCCCGGACCAUCUGCACCACCGCCGUCUCCUCCUCCCCCUCCUCUCUCAGCCCUAGCGCCCCCGCCAGCGCCGCUCCGAACCUCUCCCGCACCAGCCUCUCCACCUCCUCCCCCACCGCCGCCAGCACCUGGCCCCGGACCUCCUCUGCAAACCGGCCCCGCUCGAACUCGAAGUUGUCGUGCACCCCCUGCGCCACGAGCCCCCGCACCUCCUCCCGCAGCCGCAUCCGCGCCGCCUCCGGGCUGGUCAACGUCCCGUUGCGCAUCCGCACGUCGCCCUCGGCGUCGACGCUCCGCUUCGAGGCCGCCGACGACGGCGGCGACGGCGAACACGACGACGAGGACGGCCAUGACGACGCCGGGCUGGUCUCCGUCUCGACGACCCGCAGAUGCGCGACGGUUCGCGUGCUCCUCGGCGUCCGAAAAGCUGACGGGCUCGGCUGGGGAGAGGGCUCCUCGAUACCACCGACGGGGGUCACUGGACGGCCGCCGGAUGUGGGUGUCGCGGAGCGGGAAGGGGCGUGCUCGGGAGACCAGGCCGUCCGCGAGAGCUCCGCGAGGAUCUCGGUCGAGGCGCGGGGGCGGAGGGUCGUCCGGCCGAGGGCGAAGGGCGCCAGGGCCCUCCGAGGCAUACCUUGGCCCAUGUCCAGGAAGAAGGGGUCCACGUCAAUGACGUCGGCGGGGAUCUCCCGCCCGAGGUCGGCACCGGGUGCCGGGGGGCGCUUUGUUGAGGGUUUCUUGAGCAUCGGCAUUGCUGUUUCUGUGGUGAGAGGCUAG